CACAUCACUAAGCUGGGAGCAUCUCAAUAGUAUCUGGGAAAUGGUUGGUUCGAAAGCGUUUGAUCACGUGUUCAUGGCACCAUCAUCGAGUGCCAACGAACCUGCAGAGACUUUCAUAGUAACGGACGGAACAACAGCUGAUCCUCACUACGAAGUAGAAGUGGGACGAGACACCUAUGACAAGAGUGGUAGCUUGCGUCUCACACGAAGAGAAAUUUUUCACGUGCUGUUCUCUCGUCUGGACGCUUCAGGGCGGAAAAGCGUCUUAUCACGAAAAACCAGUACCUUUUCUGGGGUAACUCAGUUCAACAUCCGCAAUGUGGCGUUAAGCCGAGAGAAAACACGUGCACUCUUCACGUGCAGCGGUAGUCAAACUGGAAUGCUACUUUUUGAGACCGCUGAUGAAAAAAUAAAACAGGGAACUAUGAUUGGCAGUAGCGUUGGUCUUGGUAGGUCUUCCAGUGGUAGCGUGACCAUCGACGACAAGAAAGGCUCUAUUAUUCGAACGAAGGGAAAAGGGGAAGCGUGCGCAGAAAACUUGGAGCAGAGUACGCACGAGACGGAGGUGAGCACGCUAGAUGCGGAAUGGCGACAUUUGCUGGACGCACAAGGAAGUGGUUCUAAUCAUAUAAGCGAAAGCCGAACGGGAUCGGGAGCGGAUGAUCAAAGACAAAGAAGUACCUCUGCACCUAGUACAGAUUUUGCGGAAAUCCUACUUCUGAAAAUUGAUGCUGAAGGACAUGAUUCAGCAAUUAUGCACGGUGGUGAGCACCUGCUGGCGUCAAAGCUAGUCAGGUUUUUGCUUUUCGAGGUGAACCUGGAUACAGCACGGGAAUUUGUUGAUGUGUUACAAUUUUUGCUCGGUCUCGGAUACGGUUUCUGCUACGCCAUUAUGCCUGACGCCCUGCUCCCGGUGAACGAGCGCCACUUCUACGAAACGUUUGAGCAGGUGUUCGAUCACGACGAUGGUGCCGAGAUGAUGAGACUCCAGAUGGACAAUAAACUUGAACAAGGUUCAAAAAUACAACUAAUACAAAACCAGAGAGGUUCCUACGAAAAUCAUUCGAGGGUGCACAAAGUGGAACUAGUCUCGUUGUUGCAAGCCUAUUUUGAUCGCCACGUUCCUGUUGCUUUCAACGUCGUCUGCACGCAUCGGGCAAGAUUCGCGCGACUCCUGCAUCAGCGCUACACGCGGAACCAGCAGGCUUAUUCUCUUCUGUUCCAAUCCGCUUUCGAUCGCAGGCACAUGGAUCGCAACAGCGCUUGGUGGCUGCGGACCGGAGUUGGUGUAGCAUUGGAGGAGCGCCGGUACUUUCAUGAUCUCUUUCCAGGGCUAAGUGAAGGAGGUGAAGAAUCCGGGACACCGUGGAGUCUGAGUUCCAAGAGAGAGCCGUCUUUAGGAGCUGAAUCUGAAACUGAAUCUUCGGGGACGAGGCAUGGAAAACGAAAGAGAACAAUAAAAGAGAAGAUGAAGACUACAAACCAGGAGAAGCUUUUUCUAUCGGCAUUGUCACGACAGCUAGAAGUAGACCAAGAGCGAUGGCCUUGGUGGUCUGAGGAGGAUUUGAAAAAUAGCGAUCCUCUACGUACUGUUGUGGAAUUGUUGAUUCCUCCUUUUGGUGGUGAUGAAGGACAUAACUACAGCAAGCUGCCAAAGACGAAUAACAGGAGAAACGAGGACGAUAGUGAGGACGAUGCUAUUUAUUCUGCGGGAGAUGAAGAUUCUCAAAAGGUGCUGCAUGAAUUAGCCCUGUCACAGAUGGCAACCGUUGACCGCGCGAAGCAUCAUUUCCACCUCUACGAGCCCGAUCGGUAUUUAGUCCGUAAUUUCUUGGAUGUGGUGGCCCAAAGGGCACCUGGAAAAGGCCUAACGAAUCUCGCGGCGCGUCGUUUCGGUUCACGCUUCAUGCCCAAUUACAUCAUUGAGCCGCGCAUCAUGACGCUCGGGACAAUCUUAGACUCAAAGCAUGUACAAAAACAGCUUUUGAUUAUGACUGGCUUCGGCUAUGUUGUCUAACUCUAAGAGGACCCGUCUCAAGAUAAGAGAUGAAGGAACGUUUGGCCUUAGCUUUUAUCGCUUGAAAAGAAAAAGAUUAUACUUAAUGCAUUUACUUUUAGAUUUCAAGGACAAGUCGACCCCAAUAUGAUUCCCUUUCAUUGCCGACAAGCUCGCUGCGGUGGAGAUCGCGGAAAAUCGCGAUGGUGUAAACGAUUUUUACCACGAGAUGGCGCGCUACUUGGAACGUCGUGCGCAUGAAGCGGGAUUUCUUGACUGGCUAUGGCAGCUUUGUGGGGCGGAACUGUGGUACGUUGCUGCCUGGCGCAAGAGAGGAAGUGUGGGGUCUUUUCUUAGUCUCAUUCACAUGGGUUGGAGUACGACUUCUGAGUUAGACGAUAAUAAUGAUGCUAGUACGCAUGGUGCACAAGAUGCAUCGCUGGAGCAGGACAGUGCCUGUCUAGUGCUUGAGCGUGCGGGCAGAAUCGAUUUGGAAGGUAUUUACGCGAGGUUCGUGAAUCCCCAUGAUUUUGCUGAAUUCAUCGAGUCGCAGUCGGGAACAGGCCAGACAACUACAUCAUCUAGCACCUUCGCGUCUUUUUACCAGGAGAUCUGGCGUAAUCCGCAACGAAUGUUAGAAGUUCACUACAAUUUGACACGCGCUGCGAGUGGUCAGGUUCUGCCGCGAACAAUUUUGCCAUGGGCAACUGCGGGUAGACAGCGUACUGAACUUGAGCGCGUGGCGGGAGGUCGACUUGACCUGCUGCAUGAAGAUCAUACUGUACUAGAGGAAAUAAGUAGCACGAGAACGAACACGAAGAGGAUGACUGUGAAUCAUCUCCGAUAUCCUAUGGCGAAGACGCGGGCCGACAGAAUACCGGAGACGCCACGACGAUCCGAAAGGAUGUUGGAAGUUGGUCGCAUCUUCCUAUGGGAUUUUGUGCAGGAUGAAGUCAUGCGUACUGACCUACGAACGCUUUUUUGGAGCAACCACUUUUUGACAGACAAGUAACCACGAAUGAUCAUAUUCCAUCGAUGCACGUUAUGUGCAACUUCUCAUCAACACUACAAAUCGCCCUUCAUGAAAAACUAAACACCUUCAUGUUGCAUAAUUUUUAGGCCACUGGGCGAAAGAGAAGAGUCAGACGAAGGCCGAAGUGGC